AUGGCAUGGAUUGCGCUCAUCCGAUGCCGCAUCACGGUUGGGCCAGAAACACUAUUAAUCUUUCGACUGCUCCCCUCUCCUGAUCUUUUUCUUCCCUCUUUCCUCUCCAUAACCACUCCUCAGAGACAUCGUCCUAUUACUAUCUAUUUCAAACCACAAACAGUUCAAACGACAGCCAUCAUGUCUAUCAAGGUCGGAAUCAACGGCUUCGGCCGAAUUGGUCGUAUCCUGCUCCGCAACGCUCUCGAGAAGCCCGAGCUCUCCGUCGUUGCCGUCAACGAUCCCUUCAUUGAGCCCACCUACGCUGCCUACAUGCUCAAGUAUGAUUCCUCCCACGGUCUCUUCAAGGGCGACAUCGAGGUCGAUGGCCAGAACCUCGUUGUCAACGGCAAGCCCAUCCGCUUCUACUCUGAGCGCGACCCCGCCAACAUCAAGUGGAGCGAGACUGGCGCCGAGUACAUUGUCGAGUCUACCGGUGUCUUCACCACCGUUGACAAGGCUAAGGCUCACCUUAGCGGCGGUGCCAAGAAGGUCAUCAUCUCUGCCCCUUCCGCCGAUGCCCCCAUGUUCGUGAUGGGUGUCAACCACAAGGAAUACGACGGUACUCCCACCGUUCUCUCCAACGCCUCUUGCACCACCAACGGUCUGGCUCCCCUCGUCAAGAUCGUCAACGACAACUUUGGUAUCGUUGAGGGUCUCAUGACCACUGUCCACUCUUACACUGCCACCCAGAAGACCGUCGACGGUCCCUCUGGCAAGGACUGGCGUGGUGGCCGUGGUGCUGCCCAGAACAUCAUCCCCAGCAGCACUGGUGCCGCCAAGGCCGUCGGCAAGGUUAUUCCUGCCAUGAACGGCAAGAUCACCGGCAUGUCCUUCCGUGUCCCCUCUGCCAACGUCUCCGUCAUCGACUUGACUGUCCGCCUGGAGAAGGCUGCCUCAUACGAGGAGAUCACCAACGCCGUCAAGAAGGCUGCCGAUGGUGAGCUCAAGGGUACGUAA